GGACUGUCCAUAAUUUUAGAGGGUGCCUCAAGACUGUUCAUAAUUUUAGAGGGUUCCUCAAGACUGUCCAUAAUUUUAGAGUCCCCCGGGACAGUCUAUAAUUUUAGAGGGUGCCUCAAGGCUGUCCAUAAUUUUAAAGGGUGCCUCGGGACUGUCCAUAAUUUUAAAGUGUGCCUCAACACUGUCUAUAAUUUUAAAGGGUGGCUCAAGACUGUCCUUAAUUUUAAAGGGUGCCUCAACACUGUCCAUAAUUUUAAAGGGUGCCUCAAUGCUGUCCAUAAUUUUAAACGGUGCCUAAACACUGUCCAUAAUUUUAAAGGGUGUCUUGGGACUAUCAAUAAUUUUAAAGAGUGCCUUGACUGAAAAAAUGCUUAUAAAGAAUUAGCUGGCGUUUGGCUUCCUUUUACUGGGGGCACUC